AUGAAGACCUCUGUUGUUGCAGCGGCCCUCGCCGCCGGUGCCUCCACCGUUCUGGCCGCCCCCUCCCUCCAGGCCCGUGACGAUGUGACUCCCAUCACCGUCAAAGGAAAUGCCUUCUUCAAGGGUAACGAGCGUUUCUACAUGCGUGGUGUCGACUACCAGCCCGGCGGAUCGUCCGACCUGGCGGAUCCUAUCGCUGAUCCCGACGGAUGCAAGCGUGACAUUGAGAAGUUCAAGGCUCUCGGUCUGAACACCAUCCGUGUUUACUCGGUCGACAACUCCAAGAACCAUGACGAGUGUAUGAACGCCCUGGCCGAUGCUGGCAUCUACCUGGUCCUCGACGUCAACACUCCCAAGUACUCCCUGAACCGUGCCAGCCCCAAGGAGUCGUAUAACGACGUCUACCUCCAAUACAUCUUCGCCACUGUCGAUGCUUUUGCCUCCUACAAGAACACCCUGGCUUUCUUCUCCGGUAACGAGGUCAUCAACGACGGUCCUUCGUCCUCGGCUGCUCCCUAUGUCAAGGCUGUUACGCGUGAUUUGCGUCAGUACAUCCGUAGCCGCAACUACCGCGAGAUCCCCGUUGGUUACUCUGCUGCCGACAUUGAUACCAACCGUCUCCAAAUGGCUCAGUACAUGAACUGCGGUACCGAUGACGAGCGCAGCGAUUUCUUCGCCUUUAAUGACUACUCCUGGUGCGAUCCCUCGUCCUUCAAGACUUCCGGAUGGGAUCAGAAGGUCAAGAACUUCACCGGCUACGGUCUCCCCCUCUUCCUGUCCGAAUAUGGCUGCAACACCAACAAGCGUCAGUUCCAGGAAGUCACCUCGCUCUAUUCUACUGACAUGACUGGUGUCUACUCGGGUGGUCUCGUUUACGAGUACUCUCAGGAGGCUAGCAACUACGGUUUGGUCGAGAUCAGCGGCAAGGAUGUGAAGGAGCUUGACGACUUUAAUGCCCUCAAGACCGCUUUUGAGAAGACCAGUAACCCCCAGGGCGACGGCAACUACAACAAGACUGGUGGUGCCAAUCCUUGCCCGGCCAAAGAUUCUCCCAACUGGAAUGUGGACAACAAUGAUCUUCCUGCUAUCCCUGAGCCUGCUAAGAAGUAUAUGACUGAGGGUGCCGGCAAGGGUCCUGGCUUCGGCGGCUCUGGCAGCCAGAACCGUGGUACUCAGUCCACCAGCACUGCUGAACCUGGAUCUGGCUCCGCCUCUGGCAGCAGCAGCAGCAGCAGCGGCACUUCCACUUCUUCCAAGGGCGCUGCAGCUGGUCUGAGCGUCCCUAGUAUGACUCUGGCUCCUGCUGCCGUUGGCGCGAUCACGCUGAUGUCGACCCUUUUCGGCGCUGGCCUCAUCCUGCUGUGA